GGAUCUGGGAGGGGGAGUUGUCCGGUGUGUACGUGCGCAUGCUUUGACACUGCAGUCGCCUGCUGCUGCUGCAGACUGCGGAUCACACAGGGGUGACGGGAGGUGCUCACUUGGGUGUCAAAAUGGUGAAAAUAACCACAGUGAAGACUAAACCGUACACGGACCAGAAACCCGGGACGAGCGGUCUGAGGAAGAGGGUGACGGUGUUCCAGCAGAACCAGCACUAUGCGGAAAACUUCAUCCAGAGCAUUAUCUCUGUCAUUGAACCCGCCGAACGACAGGCUGCCACCGUGGUGGUGGGAGGAGACGGCAGGUUCUUCAUGAAAGACGCGAUUCAGUUGAUCGUCCAGAUUGCUGCUGCUAACGGGGUCAGUUUGAAAGAGAGAGAGGGGACGCUGUUUGCUGGUGUACAAUCAUUAGCUCAGGCGGCUAGCUAACGCUGCGUUCAUGUACCUCUCAGAUGCUCGGAGUUCAUAAGUUUUCAAGUUUACUCUUGGUCUAAGUUGAAUUUAGAAACAACACAGAUGACAUAAAACACGUUAUCGUGUCUUGGAGAAGGUAUCUCUUCAUGGACAGUUAUCUAUCAGAUAAACCGUAUUUUUAGCUAGCUUAAACGAAUUAUACGUGCCUUCCCCAGUUGUCCAUAUUUUCCCUAUAGGAAGAUCAUUUUCCCCAUUUUUCUCUGAAUGACACACACUCGUCAUUAAAUGAACCCUAAAGUAAUUGCAUUAUUUUCUUAACAUUUUCACUUCACUGUCUUAUAUUGUUUGAAAUUUGGUGGGCUUGUGUUGCUACUUGUUGGUGGUCCUAUAAGAUAUGAUAACUGUCAUGUAACGAAGGCAGUUAGUAACUUUACGUCCUUUACGUAACAAAAUACUGCUUAUUUAAAACGUCUUAUAAGGUACAGAGCAGAGUCACCGCAUGAUAUAAAUAUAACCGGUUUUGCUGGAGCCCAAAUGGGUCUCUCUGACAGGUUACCUUUGACAUUUAACGCUACAUGCUUCCACCGAGCAUCAACUUCUCGCUUCCUCGUUAGGUGAUUAAAUCUAACGGCAAGUCCUAGCUUGCACUAUUACACAAAUGUGCAAAGACAGGUUUGAUUGUUUCUGUUAAAGGAAGUAUCAUAGCAUUUUUAAGGGUAGUGUUGUUGUUUCAUAAGAAGCCAUGGUGGAGUGAUGCCAUCAUAGCUGUAGUCACAGUGAUUGUGCUGCUGCUGCUGCAUCCGUUUUGGGCGAGCAGGAGGCGUGACGUGCUACGUGCAGCUGGUCACGUUGCCCUGCAUAUGUCUGUGCAGCAUGAAUGAGGCUGUGCAGUGAAUGAAUUGAUAGAACAUACAGUACUAUUGUUAUUUAUCUGACUUAUUCAGUUUAUAAUCAUAUGCAUGUAUCACUUCUGAAGUAUGUUAAGUUGUAGGUGUACAGUACCAUACUUAGAAGGAUGUUGUGGUUGCUGUUUUGACCUUAUCUGUGACCUUUCCUCCAUGACACAGCCGCUCUGUGUCUAGUAAAGCUUCUGCAAAGCUUGGUUGGUUAACGCAGGGUUUGUUGGUGAUGCAACAUGCGCAAAGAUGUCUGAUGUUUCCUGCAGUUUCUCCACAGGAGGUUGAUAAAUGAAAUAGUGGAGAAAGUAUGCAGGGACAGUGGUUCUUCUGUUCAGAUGUUUACUCAACACAAACAGCUGCAUGUUUAAAUAAAUAGGGGAGAGUGGGGUAAGAUGAGCCAUUUUUCAUAUUUUGAAUAUCUACAUUAAGGCAAUCAUAGUUUUGUCUCUAUUGUAUCUGCACAAAUUUCAAAAUGUUGUGCAUCCCUGCAAACCAACAGAAUGAGUGUAAACAUAACUGUCUUGAUAAUAUAGCAUGCCAAAAAGAAUUGGUCUCCUAUGAGCAACUUACCCCGUGUAUGGGGAUGUUUCCUUGGCUGACUGGCACCUUACAUAGGAUUCCAUGCUAAGAAUCUUGGUUUUAUUAUUGAUGGGGAUUUAAAACUAGACAAACAGUUCAGCGAAGUGGUCAAAUCUCCAAAGUUAAAUCAUAUUUAAGCCAGAAGAACCUUGAAAAAGUUAUCCAUGCUUUUAUCACAUCUCGUUUAGAUUAUUGCAACUCCCUGUAUGUCGGCAUUGGCAGAUAUUCCUCCAUCCUUUUCAAAAAUCUAGGGGAGAUGAAGCAUUUUCUGUCGUGGCUCCCACCUUGUGGAGUGCUUUACCCCCUGACAGUGCGUACUGCGAAUUGCCUUUCUACUUUUAAAACACUUCUGAAGAUGUACCUGUUCAUUUUAGCCUUUGGGGCAGUAUAGUUGCUUUUAUUGGGUCUUUUAUUUACUGCUAUGUUUAUCUUUAUUGUUGUUUUAUGUUUUUAUAUGUUUUCUGCUUUUAUUGUUUUUAUAGUUUUUAUAGUUUUUUAUUGCUUCUGGCUUUUUUACUGUAUAGCACUUUGGUAGGCCACUGGCUGUUUUUAAAAGUGCUAUACAAAUAAAGCUGACAUUGACAUCAAUUAAAAAGCACAUCAUGUAGAGAGUGAUGCACAACCGGACCUGGGGCUUGAAACAUUCUCAUCAUUUUGUGAAUUAUGGAAAAGUGUUAAAAUUUGCAUAAAUUUGACAGUUACUUAAAAAUCAGUCAACUACAAGACACAUUUAUGCUGUUACUGUACAACCUGUCUCUGCUCUCCUGCUUUGUCCUUUUCCUUUUACUGUUUUUCUCAUUGCAAAGUAAAUUAAAAAGGAGCAUUAAACUAAAACAAUAUUAAUCUGUGGCAUCUUUUAUAGCGUUUGGACAUGUUGAACCUGGUAUUAAUCAUAGACAUGUCACAGAGUAAACAGUAUUUUAAUUAGAGCUUGCUUUGGAAGCUUUAAAAUGACUGUCACUAUGGUUGCAAUAAUAUGUGCUUUGUUCUCUUAUCAACAUCAGCUAGUGACCACUAAUGUGUCCAAACAUACUCAUAACAUAGAAUAGGAUAAGAGGAACAUUGUGCCUGCACUUCAACAUGCUUUCCUUCAAGUGUGUAUUUUUGUAUUAAUCAGUGUGCUCUUGUUUAUUGACUCCUCCUUUUCCAGAUUGGUAAUCUGGUGAUCGGUCAGAAUGGCAUCAUGUCCACCCCAGCAGUCUCCUGUGUGAUCCGCAAGAUGAAGGCAGUGGGUGGCAUUAUCCUCACAGCCAGCCACAACCCCGGAGGCCCCAACGGAGACUUUGGCAUCAAGUACAACAUCUCCAGUGGAGGUGAGUGAGCAGCAGACCGUUUAAGAUAUCAGGUAUUCAUCGCAAAGUAAGACGAUAUGUGGACUCGGACUAGAUUUCAAGAACAAAGAACAAAACGUAAUGAAACUUUUAGAACAUUAUAAACUUUGUCAACCAUGCAACAUACUAUACUUUAUAUGAUGUAUGUGCAUUGCAGUAGUCGACAGUGGGGUAAUAUGUAAUCACCAUGUUGAAGCUCCUGUGAGGAAUUUUGGUUUGUGUCAACUCUUGCUAAUGAAACAGACUCAAUCAUAUUGAUGCUAUUAAGAUAAGUUUCAAACCUGUUUUAGAUCUACCUGGGUCUGCCUGGACCCUUUAGACCCUUACAUUUCUUCCUUUGCCAUUACUGCAUAUCUACAGUCUGUUCAUCAUAAAUAUUUGUCUGUCAGAAAAGGUUCAGCUGCUAAAAAUGAAACAUUUGAAUCACAUUUGUUAGUUUAUUUGUUAGCUUGUAAUCUACAUUAAGCCAGUCAUGUAUUUGCUCUAAAACCAGUGAUAAUCCAGUUUUGAUUAUUUCAAAGUCUUUGCCUGGAUUAGGUUGAUCUGAUUUGUUGUGACUUUGAAAACAAAGCCCACAAGUAAAAUGAAGUUUAUUCAGGAUAGCAGUAGUAGGAUUUCAAAAACUGUAUCCGUCUGAUAAAGACGUUCCCAGUUGUCAUAUGACCGUACAUGCUAAAUAGAUUCUGACUACUUUGUUUUCAUUCAGCCACAUCAGCUGCCAAACUGUUUAUUCUGUCCAUGUGUAAUGUCUCACUUUCUUCUUUGUCUGCAGGACCUGCUCCAGAGGGCAUCACGAACAAAAUAUUUGAGAUCAGCAAAAGCCUGCAGGAGUAUCACAUCUGCCCGGAGCUGAAAGUGGAUCUGGCUACCAUUGGGAAACAGACAUUUGAGGUGGAAACUUUCAAGCCCUUCACAGGUAUGCCACAGAGAGCAGAACCCUGAUCCAACAUGAAUGAGAAACAGUUUAAGAUUCACUUGCUUGCCUUCUUGGAUUGAAGAUAUUUAGCAGCAGACUCAAUCCUCUCAGCUUUUUACUGCCAUAUAAGCUGUGCUUUCCUGUUUUUGUGUCUCAGUGGAGAUUGUUGACUCUGUGGAGGCCUACGCUGAGAUGCUCAGGGGCAUUUUUGACUUUGCUGCACUGAAGGAGCUUCUCUCUGGAGCCAAUCACAUUAAUGUCCGCCUGGAUGCCAUGCAUGGAGGUAGGGAACAGCGAAGCACAACUUCAGGUGUAAGUGAGUCACAAAAGACAGAGGCUGUUUUCUAAGACUUUCUAUCCCCGCUCCAGUGGUCGGUCCUUAUGUGAAGAAGAUCGUCUGUGAAGAGCUCGGUUCUCCUGCCAACUCUGCGGUCAACUGUGUCCCUAAGGAGGACUUUGGAGGACACCACCCUGACCCCAACUUGACCUACGCUGCUGACCUGGUCAACGCCAUGAAAGGAGGAGAGUACGACUUUGGAGCCGCCUUUGACGGUGAUGGUGUAAGUCAAGUUUUUCAAGCAGAAAAGACAAUUUCAGAGUGAUUGAGAAACAGAAAACCCACAGGUGCUUUUAAAAUAAUCCUGUUUAAGUCAAUUUGAAAGAAAUCUUUAGGUUUUCACUGGGACGGUCAUUGUCUGAGCAGGGUCAAACACUUUGACUCUGUCCUUCACACUCUCACAUUUUCUUUUCUUAAUAUCAUCAUUAAACUGAGGUACAUUAAGAACUUUAAUAGCCAGAAGGUUCUUUUUGUAGCUGAAACUAAUGGCCUCUGUGUCAUAACAAUACUCAUUGUCCAUUGACAAAACAUUAGAUGACAGCUAAACAGGAACACAAGAAGGCACCGGGGCUCAGCUGUGAUCUGAUGCUAAAAUUUGGGAGAGCAGAAUUGGAUGUUCUUGAACAGGACUCGAAUUUAUGAUGUCAGCUCACAUAAAAUGAAUUAAAUAAAUCUGUUUUAUUAAGCUCUAAACUUCGUUUUAACUUUAUAGACCAGAGAAACAAACUUUAAUCAGGAUGUAACUAAAGUGAACUCAUCUAUCUUUGGCAAUAUUUUUAGUUAGUUUUCUGUGUUUCUCAAGCUUUGCCACAGACAUUUUCUUUUUAGUGCAAGAGAAAGGCUAAGCUUAGGUGUAUCGUAGGAUGCUAAUAGUGAAAAUGAACCUGCAUAUCAAAUUUUCACUUUCAAAAAUAUUUUUUGAGAUAUCUGUUUGAAGACAACUUAACGUUUGUCUCUGCAUCUUGUAUCAAAUGCAAACGUCUAAGGAGAACUGUAAUGUUUCCCGUUGACAGCUUUUUUCACAUUACUUGUCAAAUUACUUGUCUGUCGUCCCCUGCAUUUGACUCUUGUUGUGUCUUUUUCACUCAGGACCGUAACAUGGUGCUGGGUAAACACGGCUUCUUCGUGAACCCCUCAGACUCUGUGGCCGUUAUUGCUGCAAACAUCUCCGGCAUCCCUUACUUCCAGAAGACUGGUGUGAAAGGACUGGCCCGCAGUAUGCCCACCAGUGGAGCCCUGGACAAGUAAAAUACUCACAGCCAAUUAAUUCCUCUUCUUCUUUUCUAACUCCUGCAUUAAAAACUGAAAAAUGAAUAAUUGUUUGUCAAUCUGCUCCAGUGUGGCUAAAGCUCUUCAGAUGCAGCUGUAUGAGACUCCAACUGGCUGGAAGUUCUUUGGGAAUCUGAUGGAUGCUGGAAAACUUUCACUGUGUGGAGAGGAGAGCUUCGGCACAGGUUAGCAAAUAUCAUUGUAGUCAUUAUAAAGCCGGAACUCUACCAAAGUAAGGCUGUGUCUCACCUCUUACAUUCUCUCUAUUCUUCCUCUGCUGACCUCAGGCUCUGAUCAUAUCAGGGAGAAGGACGGUUUGUGGGCGGUGCUUGCAUGGUUGUCAAUCUUAGCCACCAGGAAACAGAGCGUGGAAGACAUCAUGAAGGCUCACUGGCAGAAAUUUGGAAGAAACUUCUUCACCAGGUCAGGAACGAUUCCUAAUCCUUUCUGUAAAUUUAUGUGUGAGUUAAUUAAGAGCGUGUGUCUUGAUUGUUUUAGAUCCAGGACUUACUUUGGUUGAUGCAGUUGCAAAAACACCUGUUGAUAUUUUAAGGUUGUUUUUUGUUCAUAUGGUACUCUGGCACCAUCUGGUGGUUGAUAAGAGAACUGCAGCACACUUUGGCUUGGAGAUAUUCUCAUUGGGAGGCUUAUAAACAAUUAUUCUGUGACUAAAUGAGGAAAUCUUUAAAAAAUAUUUAUAAAACCAAAACUCAAAGUGUCUAAUUUUUAGAGUCUAGUGCUGGUAAGACUCCAUAUUUGACUUUUCUAUCUCAUCCAGGUACGACUAUGAAGAGGUCGACUCUGAUGCCGCCAACAAGAUGAUCAAAGACCUGGAGACAGCAAUGUUUGACCCAUCCUUCAAAGGGAAGAGGUUUUCAUCGGGGGAUAAGACGUACGAGGUGGCUGUCGCUGAUAAUUUUGCCUACACAGACCCUGUGGACUCCAGUGUAUCCAAAAACCAGGUGAGAGGCUGCAAACCAAGGCCCACCAAUACUAAUAGUCAAACUUUCUUUGUGGGGAAAUCAGGGUUAAAGUUCAAGCAAUACUUGUAAUUUUAAUGGCAAUUCGUUUGUACUUUCAUCAGUUAUUAAGGUUUAUUGUCUUUUGGAUUAGAUAAAACAAAGAGAUGACCACAAAAAUACACAAAUAUCAGUGUUUGCAUCAGCUAAUUUAGUCCUGGAACAAAGUUGAAAGACUUAAAAUGAAAGAAACGAUUGAUUUUUCUGAAACAUGAUUGAAAUUGGCCCACAGCCUAUUGAUUACGAUUAAAAACAAUGUCACGUAUUAACCCUUAUCAUUUUGAGGCAGGGCCACCACAUUUAGAUAUUUAUACUUAGUUUAAAAAUCAGACCGUGGACAGCCCAUACAGGUGUACCUCCAUGUUUUCUGGUCUAUUAUGCAUCUUCAUCUCUCGUGUCUGUCAAUAACCCUCCCUUCUUCUUCUUCUUCUCUCUUUCACUCUCAGGGUCUCAGGAUCAUCUUCUCUGAUGGCUCGAGGAUUAUUUUCCGUCUCAGCGGUACAGGCAGCGCGGGGGCAACAGUCAGGCUCUACAUAGACAGCUACGAGAAGGAUCCCCAGAAGAUUUACCAGGAUCCCCAGGUCAGGAUACUGAGCAGUAAUCUCAGGCAGCUAGAUCCAGAGAGAGAUGUUUGACAUGAAGUCAUCAGAUAGAAAAACAAACACUCAUUCAACCAGGACUAGGAUUUCUUAGCCCUAAAGUUUUUGUGUGUAUGGAAACCACAGAAACAGAAUAGAAAAUGAAGAUGCUAAUACAGUCUGUUGAGGUCAAAGGUCAGCUCUGUAGCCCGUAGGACAGCCAGCGUGACCUUAGUGGAGCUUGUAUUUUACACUGAAAUGAUGGAGAUGUUUGGCAGAGUCUGAGGUUCUAGCAGCUUAUCAGGAGAGAGAAUUAUAGCUCAUGGGAAAAAGAGAGAGUGAUUUCCAGCAGGACACUUCAUAAAGUCGUGUUGGACGUGUGCAGACGGGAGGUGAUGUAGAACAAGAGAAUGAGACAGGACCAAGAAAAAACGGAUUAAAGUUCAACUCAAACCCUUCGUCUUCAUUGGUGCUCACACAGACUGACAGAUAAGCAGAAACACAUUUCUGCAGAACCCUAACCUGACAGAUGGAUGACCUGAGGGUUAAUGGUUCAGUUGGCCGACUCCGGGUUAGUUUGAUUUACAGCUGCAGAGCCUUCCUCUGAGACAAACAGCCAGAUUUUAAAAAUAAAAGGGAGAGCAUUUCAUCCUGAAGGAUCAAAACAUUUCUGCCAAAGGAUGUUGUCCUGAAAAUCCCGAACAUGCUGCUCCUUCUUUGUUUACUUUGGUGAGUGAAAUGUAGUCCAUUUAUUCUAUUAAGUCCUAAGGUGUUGAUAGAUUAUCAUUAUUAUAAGCUGGUCCGACUCCAAACUGUGGUCCUUAAAUUGCGUCUCUACUGUGUGGUUUGGCACACAAUUAUUUGCAUUUUUGUUGUCAGAGUUUGAGAAAUGUACCAAAAUAUUAGACCAAUAAUGGCCAACUUUUUUGGCACCCUUCUGUUGGGACACUCAGGAUGGAGAAACAUCUUUGCACACCUGAUUGUGUGGCAAAUGUGUCAAAGGAGAAGGAGGAAGAAGCUCAUACAUAUUGUCUACAUAUUUAUCAAUUAACACGAUGUGAGGAGGUUAGAACAUACCUUUAGGUUGCAGGGUUCCUACACAAAUAUGGAAGAUAUGGAAAAGUAUGGAAUAAAUUGGACAAAUUUUUAGGUCUUAAAAAGUAUGUAAAAUGAAAAAUAAAAUAUGGAAAAUACAGUUCUAAAAUACUGUCUUCAAAAAUAGAAAAGAAGGUACUUCCAAAAAUAAUUACACCGACUACACUUGAAUUUGACAAAUUUCGCUUACCACAUCACCAAAGCUCUAAAAUGGGCUUGUUUUUUGCCACCUUUUAGAAAUGUCUAUAAUGUGGCCCUGAUAUAUAAUCGUAAAUCACAGCUUCUGCAAUCAUACAAAGAUAACUGUGCCUAAAUAAGAAAUACUUUUACAUCUAUGUUUUGGAAUGGACGCACAAACAACAUAGUGUGUUAGACAAAGUUGUGUUGUACCUACUUUUACACAGGUAUCAGUCAAGCUAAAAAUAACCUGAAAGGGGACAAACAUACUCAUCCUGGUAACAUAAGACGUCAGAAAGUGCACACCCUGAAAAGAUGGACCCACACAGAAAGUAAAACCUCCCGUCUCUUUGUGCAGGUGAUGCUGGCCCCUCUGGUAGACAUCGCCUUGAAGGUCUCCCAGCUCCACGAGAGGACUGGACGCUCUGGCCCCACUGUGAUCACAUGAUUCCUCUGCCACACUGCCUCCGCUCACCCACACUCAGCAACGGGAUACCUCUGCGCUCUCUGGGGGUGAAGCUGCCCUUGAAUGCUGUCUUGGCUUCAGUUCUUGGCCUUCUCAGAGACAGAGCUGGAUAAAAUACUACAACUGAACUUACCCACUGCCAUUUUUUAGAGUUAGAGUGUUUAUGUAGACGUAAGAUAAUUUAUCUCAGCAUGUUUCAUGUUACCUGGCAAACAGAAGCUGCAUUUCCAACGCAUAUCCUUCCUGGGAAUUAAGGACUUGUCGGUAUACCUUUUGGUAUAGAAAUGCAAGUUUCCAUCCCUUCCUGGGAGACCUUGCUUUCCAAAAGUAAAGGAACUCUGGUUGGAUCUGCUGCACUAAACUUUUUAAUCCUUAAAAUGAUGCACCUAGAUUAAAAAGAAGCGGGUACUUUUAGUGGAACUUCAGCCACGUUUUCAUGACAACAAGUCUAAACAAAAAAAAAAAGGAAUUUAAGAAAGCAGCAUCAUAUCCUUAGAGCAGAAAACUGAGCUUUAAAUGUUGAUUGUAACCAUGUAACUUGUCCAGCUCUGUUCCUGAACCAUAUCAUUAUAGGCCAAGACUGCCAAACUGGCUAUAGAUCAGCAAUAUCAGGAGCAACCUCACCCCUCUAAAGUUUCCCUUAAAUGACCUGGUGCCUUCCCCUCCCCUCUAUUCUCUAAAACCACCAAAAACAGCCUCUAAACCUGAACCAUAAACCGAUACAUCCUGCAUUAAUAAAAUAACACUGUAUAAAAGAAGUA